AUGGGGGAUCGGGGUGCGACGGGGGACGCUUGGGGUGCGCGCGACGAUGCCUCGUGGUGGCCGGGUGGCGCAGGUGAACUACAGCAUCAACAACAAUUACAUGAGGAGGUUGCUAGGAGUACCGCAGCUUCAACGCAUCAACUUUAUACUUAUAAAAUGACCGGUGGAUUUUCAAACAACGGCGGCGAUACUUCUACUCCGAGCUAUGAUUAUCGUAUAAUGUCAAACGUCAAUGCUAGGGAGGAAUCUCCACAGCAACCGUGGUGGUAUGCAUCAGGAACAGUUGAAUCUCAACAGACAUCUUCGCCUACGCCUCAAAGUCAGUCAAGUCCGAAUUCCGAACAAAAUACCCAGCAAGCUAAUGGUAUACAGCAGAACCAAAACCACCAAAACUUGCAACAGGUGCAACAAGAGCAAAAUCAAGCAAUUCAGCAACAGCAAGUUCAGAAUUUGCAACAACUACAACAACAGAAUCUGCAACAGGCUAUUCAACAGCAUAACAGAACAUUGCAGCAUACUUUACAGCAGCAGCAACAGAAUCAACAAGAGACUUUACAGCAUAUGUUACAACAGCAUCAGCAACAACAGCAGCAACAACACCAACAGCAAUUACAACAGCAACAACAGCAGCAGCAGCAACAACAACAACAACAGCAGCAGCAGCAGCAACAACAACAACAACAACAGCAGCAGCAGCAACAAGCUUUACAGCACAGUUUACAACAAACCUUACAAGUGAGCCCAGCACAAGCACAAGCUAUUGUACAAGCUCAGGCAGCUUUACAGCAGCAAGUUGCUCAAUCUCUGCAACAGCAACAACAGACUCUGCAUGAACAACUACAAGCUGUUCAGCAGCAACAGAUUCAAGCUGCCUUACAAAGGCAAUCUGCCACCUUGCAGGAAUUGCAACAGCAAGCGCAACAGCAGGCCUUAAUAGCACACGCGACAACUAACAAGACAAAAAUGCCAAGAGCACGGGCAUACAAUAAACCCAGGGGUCGGAUGACAGCCUACGCAUUCUUCGUACAGACCUGCCGAGAGGAGCACAAGAAGAAGCACCCUGACGAAAAUGUAGUCUUUGCUGCAUUCUCCAAGAAAUGUGCCGAGCGGUGGAACACUAUGUCAGAAAAGGAGAAACAGCGGUUCCACGAGAUGGCAGAGCAGGACAAGAGGCGUUUUGAUCUCGAAAUGCAGAACUACGUGCCGCCCAAGGAUGUCAAAGUUCGCGGACGAAAGCGACAACAGAUGAAGGACCCCAACGCGCCCAAGCGAUCGCUAUCGGCGUUUUUCUGGUUCUGCAAUGAUGAGCGUUCAAAAGUGAAGGCUAACAACCCUGAGUACACGAUGGGCGACAUCGCCAAGGAACUGGGCAGGCGCUGGGCCGCUGCCGCCCCUGAAACUAAGUCCAAGUACGAGAGCCUCUCCGAGCAAGAUAAGGCUCGAUAUGACCGGGAAAUGACAGCAUACAAGAAAGGUGUUCCUUUGGAGUUAACGCAAGCCCCAGAGGUAGCGCCUGUGGAAGCAAUAGAGGUCGAAAACGAGAACGACAGUGACUUCGGGGGCGACUUCGAAGCCGACGAAGAGUACAAGUGA